AUGGCUGUCCCAUUCCGGAUUCUUUCGCGCUGUAAAGAUGGAUUGAAGCUUUGCAAUGUCAGAUUCCAAUCUCAAUAUGCAGAGACAAGAAAAAACUUAGUACUCUCAAAAGACACUAAGGUCAUAGUUCAGGGUUUCACUGGUAAACAGGGAACCUUCCACAGCCAGCAAGCACUAGACUAUGGGACAAAUGUAGUUGGUGGGGUUUCGCCUAAGAAGGCUGGUAGUGAACAUCUUGGAAAGCCUGUUUUUGCAACUGUUAAGGAGGCGAAAGAGAAGACAGGUGCACAGGCAUCUGUCAUUUAUGUCCCACCACCUGCUGCAGCCGCAGCCAUUAUGGAAUCAAUUGAAGCUGAAGUUCCAUUGAUAGUGUGCAUCACUGAGGGAGUGCCUCAACAUGAUAUGGUUCGUGUUAAGCAUGCUCUACUUCGACAAAACAAGUCAAGGCUGGUAGGACCUAACUGCCCUGGUAUUAUUGCACCAGAGAAGUGCAAGAUUGGUAUCAUGCCGGCUGCUGUACAUAAGGCUGGAUGUAUAGGAGUUGUGUCACGGUCUGGAACACUUACUUAUGAGGCCUGCCAUCAGACUACAACAACCGGUCUCGGCCAGACCUUAUGUGUCGGCAUUGGUGGUGAUCCUUUCAAUGGAACUGACUUCAUCGACUGCUUAGAAGUAUUCCUUAAUGAUCCAAAUACCAAAGGAAUCAUUCUUAUUGGAGAAAUUGGUGGUAACGCUGAAGAAUUAGCAUCGGAAUACCUCAUUCAGAACAACACUGGUCAAAAAGCGAAACCUGUUGUAUCCUUCAUCGCUGGUUUGACGGCGCCCCCCGGCAGGCGGAUGGGUCACGCUGGAGCCAUCAUCUCUGGAGGUAAGGGAGGCGCCAUGGACAAAAUAAAAGCUUUAGAGAAAGCGAACGUUAUCGUCACCCGCUCCCCGGCCAAAAUGGGCGUCGAAUUGUUAAAAGAAAUGAAACGACUAGAACUUGUUUAA